UGUCACUUCCGGCGAGCCAGAAGACGUCACAUGUUUUGGUUUUUGGGGAGAUCAGAAGCUCAAACACUCAGAAACUGCAUCUUUAAACCUCACAGCGGGAGGCUCAGAUGGGAGUUGACCAGACGGAACCGGAGGUGCCGGCGGAGGCGGUGGGCAGGCGGGUGUCCUGCGGCGGGGAGCGGGCCACGGUGCGGUACGUGGGCCCGGUGCCGCCGACAGCAGGGCUGUGGCUAGGCGUCGAGUGGGAUAACCCAGAGAGAGGCAAACACGACGGCAGCCACGACGGAGUUCAGUAUUUUACCUGCAGACACCCUAAAGGAGGCUCUUUCGUCCGUCCAGCGAAGGCGAGCUUUGGCGUGGACUUCCUGACCGCCGUGCAGCAGGUGUACCAGGUGGACUCGGAGGAGGUGCUGAGGGAGGAGAUCUCCAUCUCCUCCAAGAAGCUCAAGUGGGGGAAUAUCAAGGAGCGCAGUUUUGAGAGUCUUCCAACAGUGUUGCUGAGCCGCUCUGAAGUAAACGGGCCUGGAGCCGACGGAGAAAUCAGGAAAACAACGCCGAAUGUGCAGUGGCUGGACCUGAGUGGGACUCUGCUGUCCAGCUGGGAGGACGUGGCUGCCGUCACCCAGCAGCUGGACAAACUGGAGGGACUUCAGCUCAGCAACAACAGACUGUGUUUGCCGUCCGACCCGUCGGCUCACUGCCAGGCGUUCUGCAGCCUUAAAGUCCUUGCCCUCAAUAGCUGCGACCUCACCUGGCCUCAGAUCCUGGAAUGCGCCCCCAUGUGGCCACAGCUAGAGGAUCUGUGCGUAGAAGAAAACAACAUCACAGAGCUGCAGAAGCCCGACGGAGUCCUGCAGUCCCUGAAGAGUCUCAGUCUGUCCAGUAACCCUGUAGUGCAGGACAGUCUGAUCAGGAUAGCUGCUCUGCCCAGACUGGAGCAGCUGAGCUUGUCCAAGACCGGACUGACAGACAUUCGGUUCGAUGACGCCGCUCCUGGGUCUCAGACAGCCAUGUUUCCAGCACUGAAGAAUCUCAACGUGGACCACAACAACAUCACCGAGGUCAGUUUAAUCUCAGAUACAAAUACAAACACUUUCUGGAGACGUUCAGGAGAGCAGAGACACUGUGAACACCAGGCAUCACUGACGGUUGCACCUGUAACCAGCAGUCGUCCAUUAACUGGAAGGACGGUGGUUCGAUCCCCGCUCCUCCGGUCUGAAUGUCGAAGUGUCCUUGUCACUGGACCCCGGAUUGCUCCCGGUGUCCAUUGGUUUGCGCCUUACUCUUGUCAGCGUGUGUGAAUGCGAUGAAGUGUAAAGCGCCUGUCCUGCAGCCUCUCGCUCCGUCUCCGUGCUCUU